AUUGCUCUAGAGAUUUUGAUAUAGUACUCACAUACUUAUGGUUUCAUCCACAUCAGACAAUGCCAGCUUGGAAAUCCGUGUCAGCAAAGUGGAAGGGUCCCGCAGCUAAACACUAGCCAGCCACAAGUUAAUUGCGCCACCCCUAUCGAUCGCCACGUGUCGGUCGCUGGAUUCUCUCCGCUCCAACUUGCACUUGCCUACAGCUACCCUCCCCCAUGACUCGAAUUUCCCACAGCCACAGAUUCCCAAACUAACAAAAAAAAUCAGAGUCCGAGAUAAUGUUUAAGGAGGAGAAAAAUGGCAGCACUUGGGCGCGUAUUUGCGAUACAUGUCGCUCGGCCCCAUGCACACUCUACUGCCGCGCUGACCUGGCCUACCUCUGCACCGCCUGCGACGCGCGCAUCCAUGGCCCCACCGGGCUCGCGUCGCAGCACGAGCGUGUCUGGAUAUGCGAGGCGUGUGAGCGCGCUCCUGCUGCCUUUAUCUGCAAGGCAGACGCUGCGUCGCUCUGCACCACCUGCGACGCAGAUAUCCACUCCGCGAAUCCCUUAGCCAGCCGCCAUCACCGCGUGCCGGUGGCGCCUAUUCCUGGCUGUGUCUACGGGCCGCAGACGGCGAAAGGCGCGAUUCUCGGGCUGGGGACGCAGCUGGACAACGGCUACUUGACUCCGGAAACGGAUGAGGUCAUUGCGGAUGAUGAUGACGAGAGUGAAGCGGCUUCGUGGCUGUUGAUCCAUCCUGCUAAGGAUAAUCCUCAGCAGAUGACUAAUGGGCUGUUGUUUGGCGGAGAGGCUGUUGAUGAGUAUUUGGACUUUGUUGAUUUUAAUUCGUGUCAGGACAAUCAGUUCACGGCUCAGCAGCAGUAUGAUGUUCCUCAGAAGGCCUAUGGAGAGCAGUACAAUGAGCAGCAGAAAUAUUAUGUUCCGCAGAAGAGUUAUGCAGGUGACAGCGUCGUGCCAGUUCAGAAUCAACAGAUGAAAACUCAUCAGUUUCAGCCGCCACAGCAGGCUCAGCCGAAACAAAACCAGAAUUUCCAGCUGGAUGUGGAAUAUGAAACAUCGAACCCGGGAUACUGUUAUCCCACUUCACUGAGUCACAGUGUUUCUGUAUCCUCCAUGGAUGUUGGAGUGGUUCCAGAAUCUACAAUGAUGGAUAUCUCGGCCACACAUCCAAGACCCUCUAAAGGCACAAUUGACCUAUUUUCCAGCCAGCCAGUUCAGAUGCCAACUCCACUCACUCCGUUGGAUAGAGAGGCUAGAGUUCUCAGAUACAGAGAGAAGAAAAAGACUAGGAAGUUUGAGAAGACAAUCAGGUAUGCAUCAAGAAAAGCCUAUGCGGAAACCAGGCCUAGGAUCAAAGGCAGGUUUGCAAAGAGAGCAGAUGCUGAUACUGAAGUGGAUCAGAUGUUUUCCUCAACUCUGAUGGCUGAAACUGGAUAUGGCAUUGUCCCAUCAUUCUAAAUCCAAGUGCAGCCUACACAAGAAAAGCCCUAAGCAAUAGAAAUUGUUGUACUAUUGACAUAAUCUACUUCUGCAGCAAUCUAACUAGUUUUGCUCAUAUAACAAGAAAUAUAUGCUUUGUAAUAUUGUUUCGAAUCACCCUGCAGUUUCAACGUUUAUAUCUAUAAACCAAAAUGUUUUUACUUCA